AGAAAAUAAAAACGUUUCCCUGUUCUGUAGCAGCAGCUGUUCGAUCAUAUUACUCACAGAAAACAAGAGUGGUUAGUUAAGGCUAGCUGUAUUUUGUCGUCUAUUAAGUGCAAUCGAAGCAAUCACACACACGCAACAAAUGGCAAAGGUGAAAUACGACUGGUACCAAACAGAUACUGCCGUCACGGUGACGGUUUUGUUGAAAAAUGCAGCCGAAAAGAACUACUCCGUCCAGCUGGAGCAAAACUCGCUCACUCUGCAGGCCGACGAUAUUGAACCAAUAGCGCUGAAUCUGUGGAAUCCGAUCAACGUGGAGCAGAGUGCACAUAAAGCGACCCCCAGCAAGGUGGAAAUCAAACUCGCCAAACUGAUCGCCCAACGUUGGGAAGCACUGGAACGGAAGGUAUUGACCGAAGAGCCACAAUCUACAUCCUCCGUCGCCAAGAAGAAUCUGCACGAUUGGGAUAAGAUAUCGAAGGAAAUCGAAAAUGAUGAUGAGACGAAGGACGACGUCAGCGCACUGUUCAAGAAGAUCUUUGCCGAUGCUAGCGAGGAUACCCGGAAGGCGAUGAUGAAGUCUUACUACGAGUCGAGCGGCACCGUGCUCAGUACUAACUGGGCGGAAGUUGGUGCCAACCCGGUGCAGGUUAGGCCACCGGAUGGGUGUGAGUUUAAGAAGUGGGAAUAAGCAAAAUACACCUUCGGUAACAAACUUUCUUUCAUCGCUUCGAAAACGAUAAGCACUGUUGUUCGUUUGUCGCUCACCUGAAUGAAGUGUACGCUCAUUAUUAAUUUAAUCUCCGAUGUAGCCAGGAGUGCGCAAAGCCGAAAUUAUCACCCUAACUGUUCGCCACCUGCUUUGGGAAGAACAUUUUCAGUGUGUUUUUGUAGUACUGAUCGGCAAGCUCGUCCGCUGGCUUCCCUUUAAUACCUGCUAACACUUCCAAUACUUGGCUAGAAAUAGAAAUUCAAGGAUUGAAACAUU